AUGAUUAAUGGCGCAUCAAAAAGAUUGUUAUAUAAUGGAUUUCAUCGAAAUCAUAAAUAUUCUUUUUGGCAAUUUGGAAAUAAUGAAAAUUUGCAGAAUACUGGUUUGUCUUCUAAUAAUGUAAUGCUAGAGAAAAUAUUGAUUGAAACAAGUGAAUUUGAUGAAGAUAAUAAUAUAGAAUUGUCGCUAGAAGAAUUUACCAAAGAAAUUGAAAAACAUAACUAUUUUCUUCGGCAUAUACAAGAAGAGUAUAAGGCAGGUAAUUUUCAGCAUGUGAAGGCUUUACUUAAAAGUUCAAAAUAG